GCUCAUUUUACCGCCACUUUUUUUUUUGUUCACCUGCUUACUUUUAUAAUUUUUUUUUUAUACAUAAUUUUUUCCAUUUAAUUUAUUCAUAAAUUUCUAUGGAAAAAGCCAAAGCGCCUUCACUGGCGGAAAAGAUCUCCGUAUCAUCUUCGACCGAUCCAUCACUGCUUGAAAAGGUCACGAUCGAAGACAUUGAUGAUUCCCCUAUUGAAGAAGUACGUGCCAGCGUCCCUCCUACCGACGAUCCUACCCUUCCCACAGCUACGUUUCGCGCUUGGUUUUGGGGCAUUGUCUUUUCCGCAGCCAUUUCUUUCUCAAAUCAGUUUUUUUGGUUCCGUGCUAAUCCGUUAACUAUCAAAGUAAUUGUCGUGCAAUUGCUGGCUUUCCCUGCCGGCAAGCUUUCCGAACAUAUUUUACCCAACUACGAUUUCCGUCUCGGUCGACUCCAUUUCAACCUGAAUCCCGGCCCAUUCAACGUAAAAGAACAUGUGCUUAUUACCGUCAUGGCCAAUGCGGCAGCCACCUCAUUCGAUGCCAUCGAUAUCAUUGUGGUGCAAAAACUGUAUUACAACCAAAACUGGGGCUUUGGAGGUGGUAUCCUCCUUGUCCUAACAACCAGUCUGCUGGGUUUUGGUUUUGCCGGCAUUCUUCGUCGUUACCUUGUGCGACCUUCCAGCAUGGUCUGGCCUAUCAAUUUGGUCAAUGCCACGCUUUUCCACACCUUGCACAAAAAGGUGCCCAAGGAAGUCGCCGAUGCCGAAGCAACCACCCCCGGCCUUUCCUUGUCGCGUAACAAGUUCUUUGUCAUUGCUUUCAUUGCUUCAUUUUGCUGGUACUUUUUGCCGGGUUACAUCAUUCCCGUCAUCACCUCCAUCUCCUGGAUUUGCUGGAUCAAACGCGAUUCUGUCCUUGUAUCUCAAAUCGGCAGCGGUCUGUACGGCUUGGGGAUUGGCAGUUUCACUCUGGACUGGAGUUCUCUCGCUGCAUGGUACCCGAGUCCGUUGGCAAUCCCAUGGGUUGUACAGGCCAACAUGCUUGCCGGAUUCAUCUUCUUUAUUUGGAUUCUCGUGCCUAUCAUUUACUAUACAAAUACCUAUGAGAGCAAGAAAUUCCCAUUUUACAACACCAACCAGUACGAUAUCUGGGGUCAGGAAUUCAACCGUAGCCGUGUGCUUACGCCGGACCAGUACCUGAACGAUACCGCUUACGAAGAGUAUUCGCCUAUCCGUAUCACCGGUUUCUUUGCCAUCUGUUAUGGUCAAGGUUUAGCCGCUUUGGGUGCGAUCAUCUCUCACACGGUUCUGUUUAACGGCAAGGAUAUCUGGGAACGUUUCAAGAACGCGCGUCAAUCGUCAGAUGAUAUCCACGCCCGUCUCAUGGAUCGUUACAAGGAAGUGCCCGAUUGGUGGUAUGGCGCUCUUUUAUUGGUGUCUCUCGGUGCCAGUUUCGCCACCAUUGUGGUUUGGCCCUCGGACAUGCCUUGGUGGUCUCUGAUUAUCGCCGUCGUGCUGGCUUUCAUCUGGUUGUUGCCCAUUGGUAUCGUCACCGCCAUUACUUCGCAAGCACCGACCAUUUCCAUGAUCACCGAAUGGGUGUAUGGUGCUAUUCGUCCCGGUCAUCCCAUCGGCAACAUGAUUUUCAAGACGUAUGGUUACAUCACCGUACGUCAGGCUCUAUUGUUUGCCCAAGAUUUGAAGCUCGGUCAUUACAUGAAGAUUCCUCCUCGUCACAUGUUCUCGUUCCAAAUCGUCGGCACCAUUGUCGCAUCGUUCGUCUCGCUUGGUACCACCAACUAUCUUUUGAACACCAUUCCCAACAUCUGUACAAAGUCGGCUUAUCCCUGGACGUGUCCCAACGCCGGCCUUUUUGGUGCGUCUUCAGUCAUUUGGGGCUUGAUUGGUCCUCAGAAAUUCUUUGCGCCUUCCUCCUUGUACCAUUCCAUUCCGUACUUUUUGCUUGCAGGGUUUUUGCUUCCGUUCCCCAUCUAUUUCUUGCACAAGCGUUACCCUGAUUCGUGGAUUCGUCACAUCAGUGUACCGGUGUUCAUGUUGGGACCGACCCCCUAUCCUCCUGCGCCUACCAACACCAUGCCUACAUGGGCCACCGUGGGUUUCAUUUUCAAUUUCUUUAUCAAGCGCCGCCGUUCGGCUUGGUGGAAAAAGUACAACUACGUCUUGUCGGCUGCUUUGGAUUCCGGCGUCGCCAUUUGUGCCAUUAUUAUCUUUUUCGCUUUCCAGAAUUCGGAAAUCCACUUUCCUCGCUGGUGGGGCAACAAUCCCGACUCUGUGGAUCAGUGUCCUUUGGCCACCGCCAACUGGAAUGGUGUGGAUGUGUACGCCUAGAUCACCACGCCAAGUCUUCUUACUCUUUCAUUUUUUUCCCCCACUUUCUUUAUGUACAUAGUCCCUAACUUUAUCCUCAUCCAUUCCUCUAUUUAUAUCAUCACUGUAUAUGCAUUGAUCUACCAGCGAUCGGCUGUUUCAUCGGCUGUCAUAACAAAUAAAUCUUAUUUUCAUACGUGACGCUAUUGUUUGUUGAUCCAUUUUUGUUUGUCUGCUUUGUUUGUUUGGUUUUGCCUCCUGUGUGUCACCAGGAAUACAUGUCAUUGGCCUUGCAAUUUUUCC